CAGCAAAGCACUUGUCUUUAAUCCAGAAAUCCUUUCAUGCCACACUUGGCCUCAUUAAUUUCUUAUCACAUCCAUGACACAAGUCUGGAUGGGUAAAAGCAUUUACAACAACGACAAUUCCAUGAGCAACGACGGCUUGAUAGCUAACUUCAAAAUAUUGAUCAUCGGGGACAGUGGUGUUGGAAAAUCCAGCUUGUUACUACGGUACAUUAGCGACAGCUUUGAGAAUCGAUUACCCGCAACAAUCGGUGUUGAUUACAGAGUCAAAGUAACCACACUUCCUGAUGGCACAAUGGUCAAGCUGUCUAUUUGGGAUACCGCUGGACAGGAGCGCUUCCGAACGUUGACUCCAAAUUUUUAUCGCGGCGCUCAUGGCGCUGUGAUCGUUUUUGACAUUUCCAAUCGCGAGAGUUUCGACCGACUCAUUAAUUGGAUGGAAGAAUUGAAAAUGUUCUCGAACCACCAAGAUAUGGUGUGUCUUCUCGUUGGGAACAAAAUUGAUCACCUUACACGUCAGGUCAGUCGCGAGGAGGGACUUCGUUUUGCCCGUAUGUACCGCAUGCCGUAUGCAGAAUCGAGUGCAAAGACCAGCGAGGGAGUUAAUGCCCUGUUCAUGGACUUGGUCAACCGCAUCUACGAGUUGCCUGAUCUUUGGGACCCGGACAACAAAUAUCGUGGUAAUUUACAACUGGCCUCUAGCAGAUUACAACUGAACCAAAAACACCGUAACAUCAAAGGCGAUUGCUGCUGACACUGCUAUAUUCACUUUCUUGUAAUGAUUUCUGUUGCUGUUAUGGAGCCAAGUGAAAUUGCGAACCCGCCUUCUCACGAUCUACCACUUCUGUCACCACACGCUACAUUUCCUUGUGUUCCGAGGCUAUGGGUCAUUGUUGCUUCAGUUUGUGAUCUAUUUUUGUUUAUUUUUGUGUGUUUUGAACUUUCUGACAAUAGAUACUUCUGGCUGUGAGUC